ACCGGUACUCUCAGUGAGUUACGGACUACAGGUGUGGAUCGAGCGUACUUAGUGGCUUCCGACAGUGUCUCGGUUAGGUUUGCUUCGCCGUUUCUUGCAUCUUGCUUCGCGUACCAGUCAAUAAUUCGCGAACGACUGAGGGUCAUCGAUGAGAUUUUCUCGAUCGAAGGAUUUAGAAUCGAGCUAGUGUGUUCAAAGUAAUCAUUGACGAGAAAGAAGAAAGUGAAUAUUCGAGAAAUAACAAAAGGACUGUGUGUGUGUAUGUGUGUGUAAAGAACGAGACCUUGAGACGAAGUGCGCGUGUGCGGUAAGUGUUUCUUUGGCGGCUCCUUUAUCGCUCUCGUCGUGUCUUGUCGCGCUACCGUUCUUCGAAACGUAUCAUCGCUAUAUAUCCGUGUAUCGUUGAGAAAAAGUCGAACUGCUUAUUAUCGAGGAGACAGACUAAUAAAGACUGAGAAAGAUAUAUCCGUACGUGGAUAUAUAAAAACGGACACAAGGGAGAGAGGUAAAAAAAAAAAAAGACGAGGAGAGAAAAGUGGCGGAGAAAGGAAUAUCGCAUUUCCGGAGGCGGAAACUUCCUGUAUAACGUUUCACCUGUGUGUUUAAUUGCAUGCAUGCAAUACGUAAUUUACGUUCGUCGGAGUGUGCGCAUCGCAAUAAUAAUCUGCAGCUAUCGCGCGUCGUUGAUGAGAGUGCGCACGUGCGGCAAACUUAAGUCAGUUACGUCGGCAUAUUUUGACCGGAACCGGUGAAUCGCGCGAAUAAAUUACGUUUCAUACGCGUUUCUCAAUCUCGAGUGUGCCGCGUCGGCGGAUCUCGCGUGAUUGUUAGAUACAGUGUUCGCGUGUGUUGAGAAAACUAGUGAACCCUCGCACGACUGCCAAUUUAUCGUCCACGAAGCGUUCGUUACACGGAAAUAGCCAUUGACCGCGAAAAGAGAGAAAUAAAAUACAAGGUAGUUAUCCGAAUCGAUUUCUUCAACAUCGCCAAAAGAUUUGGUCAUUUCUUCUUGUCUUAAGAAAGAAACAGAAGAUAUCAGCGCUUUUCCUGUAUUAGUAAUAAAAUUUUACGAACGCCAUGAAUAGUGAAGAUAGUGGAUUUGACCAGUCAUCAAUAGAAAACUCACCUAAAUCUUCGAGGAAGAAGAUGGUCAAGAAGUUAUCAAUAGAAGAGUCGCUUAAAAUUUUGGUCAGCAAACUCACAGACAAAGGGGGAAAACACGGAUACCACUUUGCAGAUUUUGCAAAAAUCAUAAUAGAAAAUCAUUGUACAUUCUUGGCCACAAGACCAACUGUGAAGGCCAGUAUUGCACAUGUAAACUCUGCACGAGAGCGCGAAAUGAACAAAUGACUUCGGCAGAAGAGACAAGAAAGUCCAGAGCGAUGACGAAUCGUCAAUUGGAAAAAAAACUAAAAGAUCUGAAGAAGCAAUAUAAUAUACCGGAAGAUAUUCCAAUAGAUGAUAAACUACCAAUAACAGAAUUUCAACUCAAUAAAGAGAAAGUGGAGGAAAGAAAAGAAGCAGCAUCUUUCUUUUUAUCUGAGAAACCAAAGUCAAAUAAGCGAAGAAGGACAAAUGAGCUAAAGACAAAUGAGCUAAACACAAAUGAGCAGAAAAAAGACAUGGAGGAAAUAAUCUUUUCGAGGAAUUUCGAGGAAUUGCUGCAUUAUUCGCUGGAGUGUUGCCUGAGAUACGAUAUUGACCUCAUUAAAUCUUUAAUGAACGAAAUUAUUGCCAUCAACUCCAAACAUAUUUGUGGAAAAAUCACGUUAUAUGACGCUAAACUCUACAUAUCUAAACUUAUUGAUGAAAGCGACAAGCUCAACAAAUUACGCUGGUCGUCAUCGAACAUUGUAGAAAUUUCUCCGUUCCUACCUAGAUGGGCGGCACACUAUAUGGCGCAUUCAUAUGUUAAUGUUAAUGGAUUAGAAUUGCAGACUCCAUAUGGCUUUAGGCCAUUUUGGAAUGUAACGGGCUCCUUGAAUGCGUUUCCGCACAUUGACAACUUACCUAAAUCUUCUACCGAACCAUCUACCGAAUCUUCUAUAUGUUACCGACCAGUCUAAUGGUCAGUGAAGUCGAGGAGAAAAACAUGUCAAAUCCAAAGAAAAUCGCGUUGCCUCCAAAGUGAUAAGACGGCUAUCAAGGAGAAUGGUGGACCUGACAAAUUUGAUCAUUGCUAGGUCUAUUUUGGACAUCUUGAGGCAUCGCUAUGCGUAUUCGAUGGACUAAAUCAGUUGAUUGUGAGAUCAAGAUUUCGAGUGCUUUUUUGUUGCGAGAAAGUCGCCGUAAUAAUUUCGAAGGACGUUCCUAGACGCGUUUUCCGUCCUUUAUUAAGCUUGAUCAUUUUAAACGUCGUAAUCGCGGUUCUUUAACAGCAAGUUUCUCCGGUAGAUGACGAAUUUCCGAUUAUCUCUUUACGCACACGAUUUCUCUGUAAGUUUCAUCAAAUAAAAUUCUGGAGAACGAGAGAUCGCGUUUCUGAUUCUCUUUAUUAUUCGUUUUCAUUUAUUUAACGAGUCGUUUCUUCUCAAAUGCAAUGCGUGUCUCCGAUUGUGUGUAAAAAACCGGACAUCCACGAUAAUGGCGACGGCGAUCAGUCAAAUUAAUCGACAAAUUGUAGUGAUUUUGACGUUUUCUGCUUUAUUCAUGUAUCACAUAUACAUAUAUUGAUUAUCGCAAAUAUUAUUUUCUUGAUUUGUGUUAUUAAAUGUUACUGGAGGGUUACGAGAUGUGCAGCUAUGUGCGUGUAGCUUUGUGCGUGAGUUAUGGUAAGAUAUUCGCAAUUUGGUUAAUUUUAUUUAAGAUUUAAGAUUACGUCGAUGAUGAAUAUUCAUAUAAAAUCUUUCUACCAGAGUAUCUCUUUCUAACAAUAAGAUAUGUUCCUUGUUUUUGCUCAAGAACAAAUUCGUGACUUUCCUUUAAAAAUAAUAUUGCAAAACGAAGCAAUUAAUGCGACAAGCAUUAAUCAUCAGGACGUCACGCGUUGUACGUAUUAAAAUUCUUUUUUUCGCACGGUAUUCAGUGAUUUAUCGUGGCCCCAUUUAUGUUUCCUUCGAUAAUUAAAACUUACAUAUACACAAGUGCAACUGCAUGUAUUGUAUAAUCGCGAAAUCGGUGAAUGUAUCAGUCAUGCGAUGCGGUGCGAUAAAACAGCCGCUCCAAAACUGGUCCUUCCAGCUCGCAGCAAAUUAAUAUAUAAAUAAGAGCAUCGAGAAAAACUGUCUUCGACACAUGCAGUUUUAA